AUGAACGAUGGCAUCAUUAACGAAGGCGCAGGAAUAGAAAAGGGCGAAAAUGCAAGGAUGGCCUCGUUUGUUGGUGCGAUAGCUAUCGCAGACCUCACGAUGUCAUAUCAAGAAUCCAUUUUCAGGUCAACACUCGGCCCUAAAGGCAUGGACAAAAUCUUGCAGUCCGUGUCAUCUUCGGACAACAAGAUUGAGGUCACAAACGACGGCGCGACAAUCCUACGUUCUGUACACAUAGACAAUGCUGCUGCAAAAGUUCUAGUCGACAUUGCGAAGACGCAGGACGAGGAAGUCGGCGACGGGACUACGAGCGUUGCAGUCCUCUGUGGUGAGCUUUUACGAGAGGCCGAAAAGCUCAUAGAUGCACGCGUGCACCCACAGACUAUUGCUGCUGGAUGGCGUUUAGCAGUGCGACUUGCUCGAUCCGAACUUGAAAAUGCAGCUGUUUCCAAUGCUGAAGGAGACCCCGGCGCUUUCCGGAAAGACUUAAUAGAGAUUGCACAAACGACGUUGAGCUCUAAACUGGUAGUCUACGAAAAGGAGCACUUCGCAAAACUUGCCGUUGACGCAGUGCUACGGUUGCGUGGUUCGGAGAAUUUAGACUACGUUCAGCUGAUCAAGAAGCCGGGUGGCUCGCUUCGUGAUUCUUACCUUGCAGAAGGCUUUGUGCUUGAUAAAAAAAUAGGGAUUGGUCAACCGCGGCGCGUGGAAAAUGCCAAGGUGAUGGUCGCUAACACAGCAAUGGACUCCGAUAAGAUCAAGAUCUAUGGCGCGCGUGUCAAAGUUGCCAGUCUGGCAAAAGUGGCCGAAAUUGAAGUCGCUGAGAAGGAGAAAAUGGCAGCAAAGUGUAUUCGCAUCUGUGACCAUGGAAUUAAUGUUUUCAUCAACCGCCAGCUCAUUUACAAUUAUCCAGAGGAAAUAUUUGCAAAACAUGGAGUCAUGGCCAUCGAGCAUGCUGAUUUUGAGGGCGUCGAACGCCUGGCGGCACGAGCCAGUGUCAGCAAUGGGAAUCAUCCAAAGUGCAUUCUGCAGGCCGUCUUGGGCGCUGAAAUCUGUUCUACCUUUGAUCAACCUGAGCUUGCAACCCUAGGAACGUGCGACCUGAUAGACGAAAUCAUGGUCGGCGAAGACAAACUGGUUCGCUUUUCAGGCUGCAAGUCAGGAGAAGCAUGUACCAUUGUUCUUCGAGGCGCGUCAACGCAUGUUCUCGAUGAGGCCGAGAGUAUUCAU